UCGCUAGAGAGCAAGUGAAACAUUAGAUACGAUUUACUGCGAGCACAGGCGAGCUGCUGUCCUGGGACGCAAAUAAAACGAGCCUUCUGGAUAUACAGUAACAACGAAGGGUACAUGUACACAGUUAUAUACGUGUGCAAACAUUUGGACGAAUGAGGAGAAUCUUGUUUGAAAAUAAGGUACGACAGCUGCUUUAGAUAAUCCAGCCAAGUGAAGUUAUUGGAUGCGUUCCUGACGCUCCACACAAUGUCAACAGCUGGACUCACGGCUCCGGAGAUCAGUGUGCCGUUGAAAAGCGGAUUCCUGCACGGCACCCAUUGCCACAGCAUGGGGAGUGCCAAGACUUGCUGGGAACAGCACAGCAGGCUCCAGAACUUGUACUUCAGCCUUGAUCCAGGGUCGAUGGGGUACCUUAAACAGCACCAGCAGGUCCCUGCGUCUCUGGGAUUUGAGAGGCAGGCUCCUCACACAGAGUCACUGCACUCUCACUGCUGCUCCGGGAGCGGCGUACGACUGCCACCCAAGAAGUCUCGUCCGGCUCGGCUCAACCUGUCCUCUGUCAUGGAGCCUUCCUUCCACAGCUCUUCCGAGGAGGACCAGGUGGUCCCCUCCUUCAAGAGGCUGUCUGUAAACGGAGGGUCCUUCUACGAGCGCACCCCUCCCCACACCCCGCUGAGGUCCGGGGAGCGAGGAGCCAAGCCCCUGCCCCCUCUCCCUGGCCCUGGGACCAGCGGGGAGCUCUCCCCAGACGAGGUGGACAGCGAGGUGGAGUUCUUCACCAGCUCGGACAACAUCUCGCUGAUGCAGGACAAACCCGCCGCCUUCCGCUCCAGCGCUCCCAGCCGGCGAAGCCUCAGGGGGUGCGGCCAGGUCAACCUCGCCUACUUCGAGGAUUGCGCGGCGCCAGCGUCCUCCUGCCAGCUGCAGCACGCUGAGGAGAAACGGGCAGUGCCGGAGGAGAGCCCCUGUCACAGGCAGCACGAGCGGCCCCACCGCCGGCUCCGGAGGUCGCACUCGGGCCCGGCCGGCUCUUUCAACAAGCCCGUCCUGAGGCUGUCCUGCCACCGGACCUCCCAGCGGGACUCUGAGGACAAGCCGGUGGUCCCUCCCCGGGUGCCCAUCCCGCCCCGGCCCGUUAAAGCCGACUACAGGCGGUGGUCCGCGGAGGUCACCUCCUCCAGCGCGUACAGCGACGAGGACAAGCCCCCCAAGGUGCCCCCCAGGGAACCAGUGUCCCGUAGCGGCUCCCGGACCCCCAGCCCCAAGAGCCUCCCCACGUACACGAACGGGGUGAUGCCCACGACCCAGAGCUUCGCCCCCAACCCCAAAUACGUGAGCGCCAAGGCCCUGCACAGGCAGAACAGCGAGGGGUCCCCCACCCGCUCCCCCUGCAUACUCCCCAUCAUGGAGAACGGACGCAAGGCCAGCACCACUCACUACUACCUCCUGCCCGAGCGGCCGGCCUACCUGGACAAGUUCGAGAAGUUUUUCAGCGAGACAGCCUCUACGUCGUCCUCAUCCUGCACUGCUUCCACUACUCCACUACUGGAGUUCAGUGGGGUAGCCGACAACUCGGACUUGGGGCAGCCCUGGUCUUCAGGGGGCUGCCCGUUACCCAUACCUCAGGGUUCGAACAGACUAGCGGACUCCAGAGCCAAGCCCGACAUGGUCAACCACAUGCAACAGAAACACCUCCUGGACAUCGUAUCGCUAUAGACUUGAGCUAUGAACUGAACUCAAAGAAAAAAAAAACGUACAAGUGUCACAGUAGUGAGAGAUAUUUACAAGUGUUCUUUUUAGAAGCUGGUUCCAGUAAUCCACAGUGCUUGCCUGCUGGACUUUCACUCACUUACAGUAAGAACUGCCAGGUGGUUUUGUUUUAGGUUUUUAUUUUAUUUUUUUUCUAACUCAUAAAAGCAUCCCCUUAUAAAGUGAGAUUUAGUUAAACAUGUUUGGGAAUAUUUAGAGAGAAAGACACAGAUAACACUGCAAUAUCUAAGUUUGGUCGUACACGCAAGUCAUAAUUUCUGUUGUGGGAUUUUAGCUGUCGCUGAAAUGUGUUAUUUUUGAUAUUAUUGUUGUUGCUAUAUUGAGGUUUGUAGUGAUGACAUAAGCUGGACUUAUGAGCAAUGCAAGAUGAAUGUGUGUGUGUUCUGGAGAGGAUGCUACAGACUCUGGUUUUGUGUGUCUUUGUUGCCAGGGAUGGUCAGAGAGCGUGUGUGCGUGUUGGCCUGUAUCAGUCUGGUCUCUUACUGAAAUUGUGAAAGAGCUGAAAUCUUUCUCAUGCCUUCACUUCUUUGCCUGUGCUUCAGGCUCCAGCCUCACUGAACUGGAGCAGUUCAUUUUACUGAUGUGCGUAUAGAUCUAGCGUUUUGAAAGCCAGGUGAUUCACGGAAUACUUCCUCAAAGCAGUCAAGGAAAUUUGUGUUCUGUGUGCUGACUGUACGAGUCAAACUUUGAACUCCUGCUUUGAAAAAACAAACUCAAAAUUGUCCCUCGCGUUCGUGAGACCUUUUGGAAAUUAAAGCCCUGGGGAAAAAGGAUUUAUGCAACAUACUAACGAAGGGUUCUCUGUGGCGGUUUGAAGUUCGAUGUGGAAAUCUCCCAGUAAAUAACAUCUUCCAUUUCUGCCCUGUUCUGUGUUGCAGCUCAGUUAAACUUUGCUGCUGCGGACACACAGUCGCUUGUGUAAGCAUUCAAUUACAUUUUCAAAACUGCACCUCCUGGAAAGAUUAAUAGAACAAAAGAACAGGUGAAUAAUGCAGGUGCUGUAUUAUUAUUUUGAUUGAAUCCCACCCCUGAGCGUUUUGUUUUUACAAAGUCCUAAUCUGCGUGGUACAGUAUGUGACAGUCUCAGUAUUCUUCCCUUUCACCCAAGCCUUUAGCCUUCCUCUCCCAACGCCUUUUCAAUUGUAUAGCUUCCAACGAGGCACUCUGCCUGGUUGCAAUAAAUGAAGGUUUGAUUCUGCGUAUGUAAAGCUAUCCAGUGGAUUUGAUUUAUGCUGCGCACCUGUCUGUAAUGUAAUGCUGUAUUUGGGCACAGUCAUGCAUGCUUUGGCUACUGGUAUAGCCAGGAAACGGUUCGCAAGUUUUAUAAGCGCCUCCGAGUGCUUGUGAAGCUGAAACAGUAAAUGUAGCAUUUUCUGCUGUAGCACAGCUGGGGGAACCAGGAGAUGCAAAGUGGCUUUAAAGUGACGUUUAAAUGACGCUGUUAGCCUGUCUUGUGUAGUUUAUCCCUGAAGCUGUAGCCACCUGGUCUGCUGACCUUCCCUACCUGUCAACACAAAAGCCUCAGUUGUUAUAGAAGCUGACAUAAUUACAUACCGUCUAGCUUGGAGAAUGGAAUCUGAAAGACCAGCGCACCAAGUUUGAUGUUUUUUUUUCACACGUUUUUACAUCCCUGGUCCCUGUACUUCCACCCAUCAAUGUACAAGACAACCUGCUGCAUAACUGAUGUGCAAGAUUAUUGUUAGAGUCGUUUUUGUUGUGUAUUACUCUUGUAAAGAAACCUGUUUACAUUAGAAAAACUGUUCGCUGUGAUUUAUGUGAAUUAUUUAAUAUCAUAACAUAUUAUAAGUCUUACUUUUAAACUAAAUGAAGGCAUGUUCUUCACAGAUGAAAUGCAUAUUCUCUGCUAAGAGUUAAUGCACUGGUAUUGUAAUGUGUACAGUAUUUGACAAAAUUCCCUUUGUCAUCGUGCAAAAUGUAUAUGCAAUGCUAAAUACUUGUUGUUGUUGAUGUCCUAUAGUCUUUUAAACAUAAUAAAAUGAUAUUCUACUUAUUUAUGAAA